AUGGCCGAUGUUGAGACUGCUCCUGCCACCGAUGGCGCCCACAAGCGACCUGAGAAGCCCGACGAAGCCAAGUUUAAGGACGACCUUGCAAAGGCCGAGAAAGCUCAUGAGGCUGCCCAAGCCCGCUUCAAUGCCAUCCGAGCCAAGCUCGACAACGCCCGCCCCGGAAAAUCCACCCCCGCCAACGACCGCUUCAAGGAACUCGUUGAAGAGCAGAAAACCAUCCGCCAGAAGCAGCAGGAACACAAGCUGGCCAAAGCAGGGCAACAGGAAAAGUACGGCCAGAACGAUGCCUUGAUCAAGAAGUUAUUCGCGGAGCAAAAGGAAGCUCGCACCCGUGCCGGUUUCAAGAAUCCGGAGGAAAUUGAUGCCAAGAUCGAUAGCAUCACCAAACAAGUUGAUUCGGGCAAUAUGAAAUUGGUUGACGAGAAGAAGGCACUUGCUGAGAUUUCGGCCCUGCGUCGCCAAAAGAAGGGCUUUAUCGGCCUAGACGACUUGCAGAAGAAGAUCGACGAGAAAAAAGCAGAAAAUGCCGAACUCAAGAAAUCCUUUGACAAUCCCGAGUCCCGUGCCCUGUCCCAGAAGUUUGAAGACAACCAGAAAGAACUCGACGAAAUCAAGGCCGCGCGUGAAGACACCAACAAGAACUACGACGCCUUGAAAGCCGAGCGCGAUCGCCUCUACGAAGAGCAGCAGGCGACAUAUACAGCCAUCAGGAAGGUCAAGGACGACUACUAUACCCAGAGAAAGGCUUACAAGGAGUAUGAAGACAUGGUCUACCAGCAACGGCGAGAACGACAAAAGGCUGAACGCGAGGCGUAUGAGAAAGAAAAGCGCCGCCGCAUUGCUGAACAGAAGCUCGAGGAAGCAUCGGAGCCCGCUUUCCUGGAUCAAAUCCGCACGGCUGAAGGGCUGAUCCGCCACUUUGACCCAACCUACCACACGGAUGAAGGCGACAAAGGUCAUGGCCAAUUUGCUGCAACCGCUCAACGAACCGUAGACGAGUCCGGCUUCAAGGGCAUGAAAGUGAUGAAGAAGGAAGACGAAGACUUCUUCGUAGGCGGUGGUGGCAAGAAGAAAGGCAAGGGCAAGAAAGGUGCCGCUGGCCCCGCAGAUUCCGGCAAACUCAACAUGAAUAUUGGUAUUAUUGAGGAGCUGGCCAAAGUUGGAGUCGACCCACCAAGUGCCCAAGCGGAUGUCCCAGGCGUAGUUGAGAGGUUGAAGCAGAAACUGGCCGCCUGGAAGAAGGAUCAGGACACGCAGACACAAAAGAACAUUGAAAAGGCCAAGAAGGAGAUUGAGAAGCUCGAACAAGAAGCUCUCGACUCGUCGAAUGCGACUUCCUCAACAGGCGCCCGAAGCGGUCGUCACAACCAUGCGAAGAAAGUGGCCGCCAAGGAUGCAGGCGUUAACGGAUCCGUCUCCCCGGAUGGCGAGCUUGCUCAAGAAAAGGAUGCCGUUGCCGAUGUCAGCAAGGAGCUCCAAGAAGCCAAGAUCGAGGAUAAGGAGAAUGAGGCCGUCGAAGCGUCACAGUGA